UGGAUCAAACGCAAAGCAGCCCCUCUUAUCACCACUUCCCCUGUCUGUUUGGUGGACUCUGGUAUCUGAUGAAGGCUUAUCGUGGCCAUACAGUACUGGUUCACAUGUCAUGUUAUCACACAGGUCCCUUCCCUGGGGCUCCCACAGGAAGGCUCUUUUCCCAGGGCACUACAUGCCAAGUAUCUCAACUGCCUUACAGCAGGGUAAAAAAAUGGAGUGUGGUCAAGGGAGGACUGUGAAUCUGGGUACAGUCUGUCCAGUGUUUCUAUGAUUAACACUGAUGUGUGUGUGAUGUUUCCUCCAUGGGCCUCGAAAAAGUCAUGUAUUUACCACACUAACAUUUUAUAAAACUUUAAUCAGUAUUGACCCACUUAUCCCAAAACACAGAGUUUUUUACUUUAACAUUUUUGAGGCCUAUACGUAUACAACAAUGGAAUCCAUUCUUAGAUACAGUGUCAUCUGCUGGUUUGGGAACCUGACAGUCAAGGCUAAAACAAUCUCAGAUUCACAACCUGGUGAAGAGAGUAUUCAAGCCACAAGAUCGGUUUGAACAGGCUACCAUCAGACAGGCCAAUAAGUUGUUUCCGUAAUAUGUUUUAUUGAAUUCAGGGAGGAAGUGCAGGGUUCCUCUAUGCAAGCUUAAUCGCCAUAAGCACUUGUUCAUCCCACUCAGUCAAACUCAUAAAUGAGCGAUUCAUGGGGGGAGGAAGGUAAAUAAAAGUGAUUGUACUAUAUGUAUGGAUGUGUGGAUGUAAGGUACAAAUGGGGGUGUGUCACUUAUGUAUGUAUCUAUGUACGGAUGUAGGUGUGUAUGGAGCUUUGUAUGUACACGGGUAUGUAUGUAUGUUUGUGUGUAUUUGUAUGCACUACAUGCAUUGCAUGUAUAGUUUAUGUUUAUCUAUGUGUUAUGUUUGUUAUGUCUGGUAUUGCACUGCAGCUUGGUCCUCUAGUCCAAGACAAAUAAAAAAAAUUGAAAUCUUUAUUAUUUCUACAGUACACUGUAGAAAGAAACCUCCUCAUUGUACACUUAAUUACUCGAUACAUCUUGUUCGUAAUAACAAAUGAGAACUUAGUGAAGCAGUGAGUCAGAGUGUGUGAGUGUGUGCGUGUGGGAGGAUGAGGAGGAGGUGACAUGGGACUCCAGGCGCCUAUUUCAUAAUACCGCACGGUGACGCGCAGUCAGGCCGGGAAACCUGCUGCUGUCGCCGCUGUUGCUUUAGUUCCGUUUGGACUUGUGGCAGAGAUAUGAAUCUUCUCUCUUACACCACUUUAUCCACAACCUGAACAGCUAGAAGAGACAUGUCGGCUCAAGGACUGCUAAGCAGCGUUUUCUCGUGCUCCCGAAGCCCCCAAACUAUUUCCAGGCGCAGACUGAGGCAGACCAGGAGCCUGGACCCGGCGCUGAUGCGAUAUUAUGACACCGAAGCUGAGGAGCCGCUGUACAAGGGGGACUUCACCUGGAAUAGCGUGUCAGGAUGCAGAGUUGGCCUGAAGCCAGUCCAUUUACAAAGCCUCUCAGAGCUGGAGAGGGUUCGUCUGCAGGAUGUGGCCUUCAGACGAUUGCUUCGGGAUGGUGACCUCGGCUGCCACAUCACCAUCCCUAAAUGCUACAAACACAAGAAGUCACUGAAGAAGAAGUUGGAUUCGUUAUCAAAAGAGAAGAGUAAAGACAAAGAGACUAUGCCGCAGGUGUUUGGCAUACCACUGUCGCAGGUUAUUUCCAACGACCGCACGCACAAGCAGCGACACGAUCCCCCACGGGAGGAGCACAGUGACCCCACGGAACUGAUGUUGUCCUUCCUUCACCUCACCUACAGCUUCAAAAGAGCCAAUAAAGAGCUGUCCAGCAGCACGUCAUCUCUGAGCUCAACCUCUGAGACUCCUAAUGAAUUGCCUCUUCUCAGCUUACCAGACGCUGCCCCACGGACUCACAGGAGGGGUGGGGUGUCUGUGGAUUGCAUCACUGACCUUGAUGAUAACCAGUUUCGGCUCUUGGAGGCCCUCCAGCUGUCUCUGCCAGAAGAGGCAGCUGGCAACAGGAAGAAGCGUCGCGAUAAAAAGCUCAGCCUUAACCCUAUUUACAGACAGGUGCCCAGGGCGGUGGAUCUCUGCUGUCAACACCUGGAAAAAUACGGCCUACAAACAGUUGGAAUCUUCCGCGUUGGGAGCUCCAAGAAGAGAGUCCGCCAGCUUCGCAAGGAGUUGGACCAUGGGUGGGAGGUGAACAUGGAUGAAGAGAACAGUGUCCAUGAUGUGGCUGCGUUGCUGAAAGAAUUCCUCAGAGACAUGCCUGACACACUGCUGACCAGAGAACUCUACACGGCCUUCAUCAACACAAUGUUGCUGGAUCAUUCAGGCCAAGCGAGCACCCUCCAGCUCCUGAUCUUUCUGCUCCCACCGUGUAACAGCGACACGCUGCAUCGUCUCCUCUGCUUGUUGUCUACUGUAGCUGCACAUGCUGAAGACAGUGUGGACAAGGACGGACAGCAGAUAAUUGGGAACAAGAUGACAUCACUCAAUUUAGCGACCAUCUUUGGACCCAACCUCUUACAGAAGCUAAAGAAAGACAAAGAGUUUGCGGUGCAGAGUUUUGCCCGUGCAGAGGAGAGCACAGCCAUCAUCAGUGUGGUCCAAAUGAUGAUCAAUACAUAUGAUAGAUUAUUUAUGGUUCCUGCUGACCUGCAGAAUGAGGUGCUGAUGAGUUUACUCGAAACUGAUCCUGAUGUUGUGGAUUACUUACUCAGGAGGAAAGCCUCUCAUGAAUCCGAUCCAGGCCUUCUCAGAGCAGAGGAGCCCUUCUCUCUGACCGAGCGCUGCUUGUCCAGUGACUGCAUUAAAGUGUCCAGCGGGGAAGUUUCUCCCUAUGACAACAACUCCCCUGACCUGUCAGAUGGACUGCUGUGGAAAUACACAGAGGACAGCAGUCCACUCUCAGACACAGUCCUCAGUCUUUCUGAGCAGUACAAACUCAGUUUCCACUCGAAAGACAGAUCUGGCAGCACCUCUCCUACAACCUCCACUGACAAAGAUGAUAUUUGAAGUUCGAUGAAUGCUGGAUGUUAAUGAAUGGUUUCUCCCAGUCUCCCUUGGAGAUAUGUCGCAAUGUGAGUUGUGCGGAUCAUCAGAGGGGCUGAGCAGUCACCA